UUGUUACAAAAGAAACAUAAAGCAAUGUGUUUAUCAGUGAAUCGACAAAGUUUCAUCGUGUUUAAUAUAGACCGAGAAACCGAGCCCCGUUGAGCCCUUGUGACCUUUCGUAGUUUGUGGUGACCUUCACACGAGGUUGACCGUAGAAUUGUUCAUCCGUCCACCACUUGUUUUUCAUUUUUUUCCUUUUUCUAUUGUGAUAUAUUAUUUCAAGUGGUUGCAAAAAGAGAACAAAAUGUCAAGAGAACGUGUAUCUAGAAGAUUUUAUCGUAUGGACAGUAGUAAUGAUUUACUUGAAUUUAUGGAUCGUGGAUAUUCAGCACAGCAUGAAAAUCGAUGGUAUUUUGAAGUUGCAUGGGAAGCUGCUAAUAAAGUUGGUGGUAUAUAUACUGUAAUACGUUCUAAAGCUUACGUAUCUACAGAAGAAAUGGGUGAUCAAUAUUGCCUUAUUGGUCCAUAUAAAGAAACUUCAGCACGUACUGAAGUUGAAGAAGCAGAUUUUCCACAUAAUAAUCCAUUGCAUAUAGCUGUACAAGUUUUACGUGAUCAAGGAUUUAAAGUGGUAACAGGAACCUGGCUAGUGGAUGGAAAUCCACAAAUCAUUCUGUUUGAUAUUGGAAGUGCAGCAUGGAAGUUGGACGAAUAUAAGCAAGAAUUAUGGAAUACUUGUAAUCUUGGUAUUCCUCAUUUAGAUAUAGAAUCUAAUGAUGCAGUUAUUCUCGGUUAUCUCGUUUGUCAAUUUAUUUCUGAAUUCAGAUUAGCUGCUGAAGGAUAUAUUGAUGUUCCUCCUCGUAUAGUGGUUCAUUGUCAUGAAUGGCAAGCUGGUGUCGGUUUAAUUGCUUUAAGAACUAGACAUGUAGAUGUUGCUACGGUUUUUACUACACAUGCUACUUUGCUUGGAAGAUACCUAUGUGCAGGGAAGACUGAUUUUUAUAACAAUUUAGAUUUGUUUAAUGUAGAUGAAGAAGCGGGAAAACGCCAAAUUUAUCAUAGAUAUUGUAUGGAACGUGCAGCUACACAUUUGGCACAUAUAUUUACAACCGUUUCGGACAUAACCGGUUUCGAAGCAGAGCAUUUAUUGAAAAGAAAACCCGAUAUAAUCACGCCGAAUGGGCUCAAUGUAAAAAAAUUUGCGGCACUUCAUGAAUUUCAAAAUUUGCAUGCUGUUAGUAAAGAAAAAAUACAUGAAUUCGUCAGAGGACAUUUUUAUGGACAUUAUGAUUUUGAUUUGGACAAAACUUUAUAUUUUUUCAUUGCUGGGCGUUAUGAGUUUGGAAACAAGGGUGCCGAUAUAUUUAUCGAAGCUUUGGCUAGAUUAAAUCAUUAUUUAAAAACAUCUAGACCUGAUAUAACUAUUGUGGCUUUCUUAAUUUUUCCAGCACGGACUAAUAAUUUUAAUGUAGAAUCAUUGCGUGGUCAUGCUGUCACAAAAUCUUUGAGAGAUACAAUUAAUGAUAUACAACAAAAAAUAGGAAAGCGCAUGUAUGAAAUGUGCCUUUCUGGUCGUAUGCCUGACGUGCAAGACCUUUUGCAAAAAGAAGAUACUAUAAAAAUCAAACGGUGUUUAUAUGCGUUACAAAGGAAUGGUUUGCCCCCAGUUACCACACAUAAUGUUAUAGAUGAUUGGAAUGAUCCGGUAUUAAAUGCUAUUAGAAGAUGCAACCUUUUUAACACUGUUCACGAUCGAGUAAAAAUAGUAUUUCAUCCAGAGUUCCUAUCAUCGACAAAUCCAUUAUUUGGUCUCGAUUAUGAAGAAUUCGUCAGAGGAUGUCAUUUGGGUGUCUUUCCAUCAUAUUAUGAACCUUGGGGAUAUACACCUGCAGAAUGUACUGUUAUGGGUAUUCCUAGUAUAACUACAAAUCUAUCUGGAUUCGGAUGUUUUAUGCAAGAGCAUAUAGCUGAUCCAAUGAGUUACGGUAUUUAUAUUGUGGAUAGGCGAUUUAUUAGCCUAGAAAGUAGUGUUCAACAACUUGCCCAAUAUAUGUUUGAUUUUGCACGAUUAAGUCGUCGACAACGUAUUAUUCAAAGAAAUCGUACAGAACGUCUUAGUGAUCUUCUUGAUUGGAGAAAUCUUGGUAUUUAUUAUCGCCAAGCUAGAAUCAAAGCUUUGACGACUGUUUAUCCAGAAUUAGCUUCUGAAUUUGCCGAAGGUGGAGUAGGACGUUUUAGUUAUCCUAGACCGAUUAGUGAACCACCGUCACCUUCUUCUUCUAGACAUACUACUCCGGCUGCUUCGGUUCACGGAUCUGACGAAGAAGAUGAAGUAGAUGAUGAGAAAGAGUUAGAAGAAUUGCGCCAAACAAGUGGCAGAUAAAUACUCAAAAAUAUCGAAACUAGUGAGAAAUAAUUAUAUACAUUGAAUGAAAACGUGGAGACUUCGUGAUAAUAGUGCCAAAUUUUUUUAAUAUGAUAUUCCAUGAAGAGAAUGAAUUAAAUCAGUCAUUUGUCAUACUUUUCACUUUUAUAGUUACACAUCAUAUACUCUUACUUGCACACCAUACGAAAAAUGAUCAUGAUAACAUAACAUUAUAUACAAUAAUAUUUACAUGACAUGCAAAAUCGUUACAAACAAGUCUUCCACGAAUCAUACUCGCACGUAAUAUUUUAUUGAUUUAUGAUGAUAUUGUUAUCUUUUAAAAACUAUAUUUAAUGUUAUACAUAUGCGUAUAUUUAGCGAGUGUUCCUAUUGUGUGAAUAUAGAGAAGGUAUAUAUUUUUAUGAGAAUUAGUGCAGGAAUAAAAGUUUUUUAAACAUU